CAUAAGGUCGCUGAAAAAAAAAUAGACAUAAUAUCCCUUUGUGCAAUCCAAAACACCUGGGCCUGAAAGCACAUCUUCAUGGCUUAGAAUUUUGCUGGUAUUUCGGUUAUUUUUUCCCGUCCAUGCUUGGAAUGCUGAAACAUCUGUGCCCUCCUGUGAUUGCAUGCAGGCUGUCUCAGAUUUUGCAAUGAAAACAAAAUUAUAUGGAUCUGGCAGCCUGCAUCAUGCAUGUCAUUCAGCAGAUGCCAAUAACAGUUGAAUAUUAGAUAUUAUUAAGGAGAAGAUGUAAAAUAAGGCUGUGAAAGGGCAUAUGUUGGCUGGUAGCAAAUAUCUUCCAGAUGCUUGGAAGCAUAAGAUUCAGCAUAGGAGUUACAUACUUUGAUAAAACUAUUGCAACAUUGCUGCCAGCUCAGUGUACAUAUUUCAAAACAGAAGGAUUUGGGGAACCCUUAAGAGAGAAAGACAAAAAACCUCCCAGCAUCUUUGCUGGCUUAUACCAAUGUCAACACUGACUAGUAAAGGUAGACACAUCCAUUCCUAGUCAAGAGCCCAUAGCUAUCAUAGCACUGAGAUUUGCUGCACAACAGGGUUGGGAUCACUGUGGCAGUUCAAACCAUGAGUGCUCCCUGCAUUUUGCUACUUGGUCAGGAAAUUUAGAAGGAUGAAGCAGAUGAACUGACCUUGUUUUUCUCACAGGGCUGGUGCCUGAGUUGGCUUCAGGAGGCCUAAGGAGGGCUGAUGGCUCCCGUGCCCAGCCACUACUCAUGGCUUUGCAGGGGAUGGUAAAGGUGCCUUGCAUGGGCACUGAUGCUGCAGGACCUGCCUCUGAAACCCAUCAGCUAGAAUCCAGCUGGUGUUGCAAUAGAGGUCUCCUCAGCAUCCUCCCUCCGCCUCCUUGGGGUCAUUCUUAGAAAAAGGGAUGGGCAAGUACCAACACCUGUGGUGGGCGGCAGCUGUGGAGGACCUAUAGGUGCCAUGGGAAAAGCACUUGGGCACUCUGCCUGCAGCACCUAUUUCUGGGGGGGUGGAGGCAGGUGGGAAGGGACCUGCCUGUGUCCAGCAAGGAGGAAACCUGACUCCUGGGAGCUGGAUCCCAAACCGACAGCACCGCCAACACUGUAAAAAGUAAAUAGCAGAAGAGAUAAAGUCAUAAAGGAAGAAAGGUCUGCUCCUCCAUGCCUGAGACACUGCAGAGGUAAGAAAACUUCAUUAAGUAAAUAAAUAUUUAGUUAAAUCUUGCUUAAUCGUGGAGGGUAUCUGAUCGUUCACCUGUGAGGGGAAUUCUCACAAGAAGGAGGUCUCUGACUUUACUGACAAAGUUCCCAGCUGGUGUCACAUGUAGAAUUGCAUGUUGUGUACCCUUCGUGCCUCACAGCCCUCUGGUGUGGGCUCAUUGCAUUAUUCUGAUGGGUCCCAGCAGCAGUUUCACUGUGUUCUUGGUUGGUUUCUUCAAAUGGAGGAUUGUUAUUUUCCCUGCCAGCAGCAGCUUUGUCACUGCUGUUCUGCUGGCUCAAUGUAAUUGGUAUUUAUGAAUUGGGAAUUACAAAUAGUGGGAAAUUUGUGACUCCCUGAAGAUGCAUGAUAGACACUAGCUGUUCCAUUAAGGCAAACAGGGCUGCAAAGGUUUGGCAUGAAAUCCUGGGUGUGGUAGGAACUGUUAGGAGGUUUACUGUGCCUGCAAAGAUUUCUAGUGUUAUUUGAGAUGCUAGAGAAUGUAUCCCACCUGCUCACCUGCUGCUAUAUGAGUAGUGUGGUUCUCCUAUUAGGUGCUAUGCAACAUCCUGAUACCUCUGAGGGUGUCUGUCUACUGUCAGGUGUUGGAGGUGGUACUGCAGCCUUCUGCCUGAGCACCUGACCCUCACUGGUAGUUCUGCACAGCAGCACCAAGGAUUGGGGUUCCCUCUCCUUUUCUGGAACAGUUGUGGUGCUUCCCAGAAGGAGGGCACACGGCCCAGAGCAGUUAAAUCCUAGCCUUGUGUGAUGGUGAUGGUGGAUCCCGGCAGGAGCUGAGAUGGCCACUGCACCAAAAGAGGCAGAAAAUGCUAUUGGCUUGGAGGAAAUCCACACGGAGAGCAAAGAAUCACCAAAAGGGCAGAAGACAUUUACAGUGGAAGAAGCUGUGGAAACCAUUGGGUUUGGGAGAUUCCACAUCAUACUCUUCCUCAUCAUGGGCAGCACCGGGGUGGCUGAAGCCAUGGAGAUCAUGCUAAUAGCUGUUGUGUCCCCUCUCAUCCGAUGUGAGUGGCAGCUUCAAGACUGGCAGGUGGCUUUAGUCACAACGAUGGUGUUUUUUGGCUACAUGGUCUUCAGCAUAGUGCUCGGGCUCCUGGCUGACAGGUAUGGCCGCUGGAAGAUUCUGCUGCUCUCAUUCCUCUGGGCAGCCUAUUUCUCCCUGCUGACCUCGUUUGCCCCGUCCUACACCUGGUUUGUGUUUUUGCGGGCCAUGGUAGGAGGUGGCGUGUCAGGUCACGCGCAAGGGCUUAUCAUAAAAACGGAAUUUUUGCCCACCAAAUACCGAGGAUACAUGUUGCCCUUGUCUCAGGUGUUUUGGUUGGCAGGAUCUUUGUUGAUCAUUGGCCUGGCAUCAGUGGUGAACCCAACCAUCGGUUGGCGCUGGUUGAUCAGAAUUGCUUCCAUCCCCGGCAUCCUUCUCAUCCUGGUGUUCAAGUUCAUCCCGGAGUCAGCACGGUACAAUGUGUCCACGGGAAACAUGGGCGCUGCCCUGGCCACGCUGCAGAGGAUAGCCAGGAUGAACGGGGCGGCUAUGCCAGAGGGGGUGCUGAGGGAGCCCGCCAAGGAAAGGGGAGGAAGAUUCAAGGACCUUAUGCACCCCAAAUACCUCAGAACCACUUUGCAGAUAUGGAUCAUAUGGCUUGGCAUAGCUUUCGCUUAUUAUGGUGUCAUCUUGGCCAGUGCUGAGUUACUGGAGCGGGACGUCGUCUGUGGCUCUGCGGCCCCACCGGCGCAGGACUCUGAUGAUGACUCUGAGGAGAGCCACAGCCCCUGCCACUGCCACUUGUUCGGGCCCACCGCCUACCAGACCAUGAUCAUCAGCACAGCCGGAGAGAUCGCACUAAAUCCUCUGAACAUUCUUGGCAUCAAUCUCCUCGGAAGACGCCUGAGCCUGUGUAUCACCAUGGGAUGUACAGCCCUGUUCUUUCUUCUCCUUAAUAUCUGCACCUCAAGCACAGGCAUGGUUGGGUUUCUCUUCAUGCUGCGUGCCUUGGUUUCAGCAAACUUCAACACUAUCUACAUUUACACAGCAGAGGUUUAUCCCACCACAAUGCGAGCGCUGGGGAUGGGAACAAGCGGGUCACUGUGCCGUGUUGGAGCUAUGGUGGCCCCAUUUAUAUCACAAGUCCUUAUGAGCGCUUCUUUCAUUGGGGCCCUGUGUCUUUUCUCCUCUGUGUGCAUUAUCUGUGCGAUCUCUGCGGUCACACUGCCCAUCGAGACCAAGGGCAGGGCCCUGCAGCAAGUAAAAUGAAAACGAGCGUUUGAUGUUCGACUGGGUAGGAAAGAAAAAUAAACCUUUGGAAUCUGUCAUUUCCUGUGAACUGCAUUUGAUGUUGACUGCUUCUCCAUACCAUUUCCAUUAUAAAAAAAUUGCAACUGAACAGUGUGAAAGUUAUGAUUUUUAUAGAAAAAUGGCAAAUUUCUCAAAGAGGUUCUUUUCUUAUGAUUUAAUAAAUAGAUGCU